GUUUUCGACGUCUCUCGCGUCUUUCGUUCAGUUAUCGGCUUUUGUUGUUCUCUCCUUUCGCGUCAUUGUUUAAAGUUUCUUCUGGUGCAAAAUUCGUGAAAUUUUCAACAAAAGAAGCAUCAUGGAGGACUUCGACGCAUCUGCGCUUAAGCAGAAAAUUCUGUCGAUCACUAGCAAAACACCCGAUGGCGGCUACAAAUGCGAAGCCUCUCAGAACUGUUCCUUCACGUCCGUAAACCGGCUGGUGGUCCGGAACUUUGCCCGGCAUCUGAAAUCUUUCCACUCAGCUGUGUACACCGCUCUGCUGAUGACGAAAACGAGCGAAAGCAGCCGAUCGACCCGGCACCGGAUUCAAUCGGCCAAAUCCAAAAAGACGAUCAAAUCCAAAAUUCUGACGAUUGUGAAGAAAACCGAAUUGGACUACAUCUGCAAUCUGGGAAUGGGUUGCACCUAUAAGCAGCCGUUGUUGAGAUUGAACCCGGGAAACUUUGCUCGCCAUUUGUGUAAAUUCCACCCGGAAGAUUACAAACGGCUUGACCUGGGUAAAAUCGAUGCGGACAAUAAACCUACUGCCAAAUUUCGGAAGACGCUGGAUAUGGCCGGAGUGCAGGUGCUUGCGAGAGUUAACCGGUACCAGUUCCUGUGCGGACUCAUUCGGCUGGUUACUAUGCACGGAUUGCCAUUCGAUUGUCUUCUGUGGUCGGGAAUGCAGGACAUUAUCGGUCCGCUGCUGGACGCACUCAAGAUGACAAUGGACACGGACAGGAUCAAGGAGUUUGUCGACAAAACGGCCAAAGAGAUGCGAGAGAUGAUUUGCGAGAGCAUACGUGGGAGGUUGGUGGCGCUGCAGCUGCAUGGAACUAUGGUCAAGGGUGGACAGUACUUGGUGAAGGUGUCCUGUUCGUACAUGAACGAUAGCUACAUCUGCAAGCAAAUGUUGGGUGUCUUUACCCUGGACGACACCAGCACGUGCAUGGAUUUCGAGGACAAAUUCAACAAGAUCAAGGAGCGAUGCGAUCUGGAACAGUGGCAAAUCUACACGAUCUCGAUCGAUUACGGUCGGGUUACCUUAAACCAGGAUGAAAUGGAAGAACAGCGCAAUGACGCAGAUGACUCAAAAUUCAUCGAGAUCCUAGGUCAGUAUAAUGCCACGCUGACGGAUGUAAACGUGCUCCAAUGUGGUAGACAUUUGCUCAGCAUGGUGGCCACGGAAGCCACUCAGGAAUGCGCCGAUGUCGUUGAGGAGGUCAUUGAAAUGGUGAAGAGUUUCCGCCACGAUGAGCACAAAGCUUACUUCCAAUCCUGGCACGGCCGAUAUCCGACAACCCCGGAUAAGAAUAACUACGGCUUCGGGACGUAUCUGAUGAUGAAAGCCCUGAGAGACGAUCGAUCGUUCUAUGAGCAGUUCACUCUGAAUUAUCCAGGAUUUGCUUUGUACAUGCAUUGGGACUUCAUCGAUGAGUUUGUGGCUGCCUUUGAACCCUUGUACGAAUGUGCAGAAAAGAUCGGAGAUUGCGGCUUAAGCGACUUCCAUCUACAAUGGCUUCUAGCCUAUGGGAGAAUAGGCUGCUUGGAAAUUAAUCGCUUCAGAGACUGCAUUCUCAGGGCCAUGCAAACUCGACAGCAGCAGUUGCAAGAACUUGCACCAUAUAGAGCUGCUCUGUAUAUGGAUCCCCGUUUGAACUUCCGCGGUUCGAAGCUCUUCGACCACAGCAAGAAAGAGAAAAUUAUCACAUUCCUGCAAUCGAUCUACACCAUGAUGGAGGACAGCUCUGGGGACGAUCAACAGGAUUGCCCCACGCCAUCCUCUUCCACGUCCAUGCAGUCGCCGGGAGAUUUUAGCAUGAACGCCUUCCUGACGGAGAUGCUCGGCGAGGGUUCCCCCGAAUCAGCCAUGGAGGACCUAAUCCGGGAAAUUCAACACCAGGAACGUUGCGACGCCGACGACCAGGACUUCGACAUCAUCAAGUAUUGGGCCCAGAAGAAGAUGCACGACACGCGACUGUGGACGCUGGCCAGAGUGGUUUUUGCUCCGUUGGCCACGCAGUGCGAGGUGGACGAUGACCUAGGCGAAGCGAUGGCAGGUUCCGAAGGUUACGUGUCGUUCCCAAAAUCCCCCGCGGAAGAUGAUUCGCUGCUGCAGGAGGAAGGUCAGGCGGCGAACGGAAGCGGAGAGGAUGCCGCGUGGAGUGCCGUUUUCGUGAAGAAGAAUUCAAACUUGCUGGCAAAGGCCGUGCUGCAGGUGAUCUGUAAUGAUAAGUCCUAUGAAAUGUCGUGUGACGUUUAGUUUGUAAGGCCGAUCUCUGUAAUCCAUCACUUGUCUUAAUGGUUUUUAUCGAAUAUGACGAAAUAUAAUUAUAUUUAAUCAACCAUA